AUGAAUUCAAGAAGUGCUACUGAUCAGGCUUCACUAACGGAGUUCAACGCAACAGAAAGAAAUUUCAUGGAUAAUAAACUGAUUGGUCUUUCAAAAAAUAAAGUGAAAUGUACUAUUCAUGGAGAAAAAACAACAACAACAACGAAGAAUUCAAGUGAGCUAAUAAAUGAUCCAGAAAAUUUGAUAAGGAAGAGUGUUGAAGAAGAAGAGGAAGAAGAAGAAGAAGAAGAAGAAGAAGAAGAAGAAAGCAAAGCAACAACAACAUUAAUCAGGAAGAUGUCAAAAAAAAGUGAAUUGAAAACAAAUUGA